GGAGUUCCUAUGUCCUCUCUUUCUCCUUUGAUCAAUCAAGGUCCCAUCUCUUUCUUCUUUUUCAGUUUUUUAUCCGAAAUUAAUUUAGUUUUUUAAUGAUUAUUAUGGAUUAAUCUCUAAUUUCUAUUUUGGUGUGGUGCUUAUGAUCAGAGGCAAUGUGGCAAAUGAAUUUGAGUUCAGAUGAAACAAUGGAAACUGUUUCUUACCCUGAACGACCAGGAGAACCUGAUUGUUCUUAUUACAUCAGAACUGGUCUCUGUAGAUUCGGCUCAACUUGUCGGUUCAACCACCCUCCUGAUCGGGAACUGGUUAUAGCCACAGCUAGGAUGAGAGGAGAAUACCCUGAGAGAAUUGGUCAGCCUGAAUGCGAGUUCUAUUUAAAGACAGGAACAUGCAAGUUUGGAGUAACAUGUAAGUUUCAUCACCCUAGGAAUAAAGCUGGGAUUGCUGGAAGAGUCUCACUCAAUAUGUUAGGAUAUCCUCUACGCUCUAAUGAGGUUGAUUGUGCUUAUUUUCUAAGAACCGGACACUGUAAAUUUGGUGCCACUUGUAAAUUUAACCAUCCACAGCCUCAACCAACAACCAACCUCAUGGUUCCUACUUCAAACCAACAACAGUCUUACCCUUGGUCAAGGGCAUCUUUUAUCGAUCCCUCUGGCUACACCCCAAUGAUUAUGCCUCAAGGAGUUGUACCAGUUCAAAGAUGGAACCUUUACAGCGGUCAGCUCAGCUCAGUAUCUCCUUCAGGUACUGGAAAUGAACACAACAACUAUAGAAACAUGCAGCAGCAAAACGAGUCAGGCUCCUCUGUUCAGCUUGGAGGGAUCUAUGCAUUGCCGAGUGUAAAUGUUUUCCCGGAGAGACCAGGACAACCUGAAUGCCAAUUCUACAUCAAGACAGGAGACUGCAAAUUUGGCACAGUUUGCAAGUUUCAUCAUCCUAGAGAUAGACAACCUCCUCCUCCUGACUCUCUCUUGAGUCCCAUUGGCCUCCCUUUACGCCCUGGAGAACCGUUGUGUGUGUUCUAUAGUCGCUAUGGAAUCUGCAAAUUUGGUCCAAGCUGUAAAUUUAAUCACCCAAUGGGAGUAUUCACAUACGACAACACAGUUUCAGAGACAGAAGAGGUUGUGGAAACGUCAGGUGGACAUUCCAGAAGAGUCUCAGUGUCUGAAACAAGACAAGCAACAAAAGGCUCUGGUCAAGACACUCCCAUUGAUACACAGCGGCAGUGAGUGAAGAAGAGCUUAAAACUGCUUUGAUUUUUCAUAGAGAAAUCUGUAAAUUCUCGUUUUUUCCCAUUUUAAUCUGAAAAGCAUUUAUAUUAAUAAUGUACAGAGGAGGUGAUUUAUACAGCUGAUCUUUGAUCUGAUCGCCAUUGUUGUAAUAUUCUUUCGGCGCAUCAUAAUUGAUAAAAGUAUUAC